AUGGCGCACUGGGUUAGCGAGAGUGAUGGCAGUGACAGCUUCGAAUGGGAUAGCGAUGGCAAUGGGGAGGAGGCAGCGAGCUUCAACGCUGCUGGUGCCAGUUCAUCAGCAAUGACAUCAACGAACACUGAUGCUCCAGGCCCAUCGACACGGGUUGCUAAUGGCAAUGGGAAGGCUGGGCCAUCUGCCGCUUUGGUUCAGAAGUAUAUGGACAUGGGUUUCACAGAAGAGAUUGUUCUGAAGGCCAUGAAGGACAAUGGGGAUAAUGGAGCUGAUUCAUUAGUUGAGCUUCUUCUUACUUACCAGGAACUAGGCAAUGAUCUCAAAGUGGAUGACGGCUUUGCUUCUGGUUGUGUCCCCCAAACUGUUGACGAUAGUGAUGAUGAUGACAUUCUAGAAAACUGGGAUGAUGAGGAUGCUGGUGGUAGAAGCACAAGGGUUGCUAACUCUUUUGAUGAUUCUGGAGACGAGGAUUUCUUACAUGAGAUAUCACAGACGGAUGAGAAAGUUGAUUCGUUAGUUAAAAUGGGGUUUCCUGAAGACGAGGCUGGACUGGCUAUUACUAGAUGCGGGCAGGAUGCAUCUAUUUCUGUUCUGGUGGAUUCAAUAUAUGCUUCACAGACCGCAGGAGAUGGUUACUGUGGCAAUUUGUCUGACUAUGAGGUUUGUCUUAGGAUAGUUCGUAUGGAGGGAGAAACAAAGGAAGGUUCAUGGAUGGGAACAAAAAAAAGAGAAAGACAUGGUGGUCAAGCACAGGGAAGUAGAGGCCCAUUAGAUGGUAGCUCUAAUGAACCCAUGCCUCUCCCACAUUCAGUGGUUGGAUUUAACUUGCCAGACCAGUGGACAAGACCAGUGGACAUAUCGCUGCCUUCACAAGCUAUGGGUCCACCAUACUUCUACUACGAGAAUGUUGCUCUUGCUCCAAAAGGUGUCUGGACUACCAUAUCAAGAUUCUUGUAUGAUAUUCAGCCGGAGUUUGUGGACUUGAAGUACUUCUGUGCUGCUGCCAGGAAAAGAGGUUAUAUACACAAUCUGCCACUUGAGAACAGGUUACCUCUCCUCCCCAUACCUCCAAAGACAAUAUCCGAAGCAUUUCCUCAUACCAGGAGGUGGUGGCCAUCAUGGGACCCAAGACGACAGUUCAAUUGCCUCCAGACUUGUGUGUCUAGUGCAAAACUGUUAGAGAGGAUACGUGUAGCCCUUACAAACAGUUCAGAUCCACCUCCUCCAAGAGUUCAAAAGUUUGUGUUGGAGGAGUGUAGGAAAUGGAAUCUCGCUUGGGUUGGCUUAAACAAGGUUGCUCCUUUAGAGCCUGAUGAGAUGGAGUUUCUACUCGGCUUUCGGAAGGAUCACACCAGAGGUAUCAGCAGGACAGAGAGGUAUCGAUCUCUAGGAAAUUCAUUUCAAGUUGAUACUGUUGCUUACCAUCUCUCAGUCCUCAAGGAUAUGUACCCACAAGGCAUGAAUGUACUGUCUUUAUUCUCUGGUAUUGGAGGAGCAGAGGUAGCUCUCCACAGGCUUGGUAUACGCAUGAAGACAGUUAUUUCAGUAGAGAAGUCUGAGGUCAAUAGGACUAUUCUGAAGAGUUGGUGGGAUCAGACGCAGACUGGUCUUCUGAUUGAGAUUAGUGAUGUGCAGACACUGACAUCUGAGAGGAUCGAGGCAUAUGUUAGAAGAAUUGGCGGCUCUGAUCUUGUGAUUGGUGGAAGUCCCUGUAACAAUCUUGCUGGGAGCAACCGUCACCACAGAGAUGGUUUGGAGGGCGAACAUUCUUCAUUAUUCUACCACUAUGUUAGGAUCUUAGACUCCGUCAAGUCCAUCAUGGAGCGUUUGUGUGUAUGCAUGUUGAAUACAGAUUCUAGAGUCCCUUGUGUUUGUGUAGAUCGCAGAUGGUGGGGGACUGGAAAGAAGAUGAUUCUUUCCACUCGUGGUGUGCUUGAAUCCAGCAAUGGUGCACAUUCUAGUGGCCUUAUGAAGAAAAGACACUGUUUGGAUAACUUACAAGGCUCGGUUUCUGUAGAUUUCGAGUCCGAGGCGGAAGAUGACAUUAUACCUAUCUUUCAUAGGGGAGAGGCAACCUGCGGCUGCUGUUUGGAUCAUCCGGAUAGCGGAUACAGUCAUGCUGCACUAAUCCGUUUCCCAUCAUUUGACGACUUGAAGCUGUUCAGGGAGAGCAUGGAGUACAAGGAUAUGUGGGCAUCGAAGUUCCACCCGGUCGUGGAGAGAUCCCUCCACCUGCAUUUCACCCUUGACCCCGUGGGGAACCAGCUGAUGUAG